AUGCUGCGCAAUCUGUCCCGUGCCACCAUUCGCCAGCGCAGCGACGAAUUGCUGGAACUGUUCAAUCUGCGCGAACGGCGCCACAUGAAGGUCGCAACGCUCUCCGGUGGCAUGCGGCGGGCGCUCGAUAUUGCCCGCGGCGUGCUGCACCGGCCUCGUGUCCUGUUUCUUGACGAACCCACCCUGGGGCUCGACGUUCCCAGCCGGCGCGGCAUCUGGCGCUUCAUCGAGCAGUUGCGUCGUGAGGAAGUCAUGACCGUUUUCCUCACCACGCACUAUCUGGAAGAGGCCGAAGCGUGCGAUCAGGUUACUUUUUUGGCCUCGGGUAGAAUCAUUGGCGCCGGGACGCCCGAAUCCCUGGUCCGGCGGUUCGGUCCUUACGUGCUGGAAAUCGACGGCACCGACCUGGACGUGAUCGCCGGGCUCUUGUCCCCCCGCCUCGGUCCCUGCCUCAAGGAAGGCGGGACCGCGAGCUUUCGCGUGCUUGACGAACAAUUUUCGUUCGCCGAAUUGCAGGCUGAGAUUAACGACAGUGUGCAGGCGGUUCGUUGGCGGCGGCCCAACCUCAACGACGUGUUCCUGUGGGUAAACGAUCCGGCCCUGAACUCGGGAUUGGAUAUCUGA